UUUUUAAAUUUUUUUUUUUUUUUUUUUUACUAAUUAUUAUUAUUAUUAUGUUAACAUAGUCGUCGCUUUUUUACAAAACAGGAAUCUUUUUUAGGAAAAAAUGGCCAUUUUAAAUCCUGACUGUUUAUGCGUUCUUUUUAAGAAUUUUUCUGAAGAACAAUAUGGGUGUAAUUUAUUAUAUACUUGUACUUUAGUAAAUCGUCUAUGGGAAAAUCUUGCAACUCCUUAUUUAUAUGAGGAUCCUUGGAAAUAUUGGUUGUAUCAAACGAAAGAUGAGGAGGUUGCCAAACAAUUAAUUGAUACAUAUAUGUUGUGUUACAAAUACUAUGAAAUCAAAAGUAGAAUAACGGCUAAUGGUUCUUCUAGAGAAGAAGAAGAAGGUGAUGAUGAUGAAAAUCAUGAAAAUCCUUCAAAAAGAAUUGAUAUUAGAGAUUAUACGGAUGAGAUCGAUAAUGUUGAACUUCCUUUAUAUAAUUAUGUAUCAUUUGCAAGAAAUUUACACGUUCCUACUUUAUAUCAAAGUGUAAAAUCUUGAUGAUGAUAGUUAUCCCGUAACUUCGGAUCAUUUGUAUCAACUUGUGAAUCAUGGAAAUAGAGUAAAUUUAAGAUAUUUAAAUUUAGGAUUUUUUCAAUGUGAUUCUGAUGCUCUUUUAAAAAUAACUGAAAGAUGUAACAAUCUUUUAACUUUUAAAAUACCUGCACAAAAUUGUUCGGAUGAUGCUUUAGCAGAAUUUAUUCGAUCACAAAAACGUUUAACAAAACUUAAAAUACGAAACGCAAAAAAUAUCGAUUUAACCUUGGAAGCUCUUGGAACUCAAUCUGAA